AUGGCUAACCUCUCCGUUCCCUACGCCAUUCUUCCUAGAAUUGAAAACACACAUGUUGUUGAGAUUGACUACGACGACGAUGAGGACACAAACACCCUUCAUCGUUACAUCCUCGGCGUGCAAGAAAACAAGCUCUAUGAGUGGAAGAACAUGUUCAUGGGUCAUCUUGGUGCAUGGUGUGUUGGCUCUUCUAAGGAUUUUCUCAUGCUCUUAGACUCAAACGGUUCUCCUUUUCUCGUGAAUCCCUCUUCCACUAAGUCCAUUCGCUUGCCAAAUUUUCCUACUAAAUUCAUGUACGUUUCAUAUUCCUACUUUGUCCAAUUCUUACGUAAAACCUUUGUGUCCAAAGGUGUGGUUAUGCGUUCUCCCUCUCCUUCACAGUAUACGCUUGCAAUAAUGUAUAGUUAUCCAUGUAAGCUUGCCUUUUGCAAGAAUGGAACGUGGGUUCAACUCCAUGAUGCUAAGCAUACUUAUUGUGACAUUGUGUUCCACAACAACAUUCUUUAUGCUUUGGGUGAAAAUUGCUCUCUUGAAGCGUGGGAAUUUGGUGAUCAAGAAAACCCUAGAAAGAUCUUUGAUGCUGAACUUAAAGUGGAGAUAGAUGCGGCAGAAAAUGUGAAAUUUCCAGAAAAUUUGUUUUCUACCCGAUAUUACUUGGUGAUAUCAGAGGGAGAGUUUUUGUUGGUGGAAAGGUUUAUUGGCAAUAAUGUCAAUGCUGAUGGUGUAGCAGUGUGUGAAGGAGACUUUGAUGAUGGUGAAAUUCGUCCUUAUAGAACAUUGCAUUUUGGUGUGUACAAACUUGACUUUAGAAAGCUAAGGUGGGGAAAGAAGAAGUCUUUGCACGAUCAAGUGCUUUUUCUUGGAACUAAUGAGUCUACAUCAGUGCCUGCCAAAGCCAUUUCAGGAUGUGAAGCAAACUCAAUUUAUUUCACUGAUGAUAGGUUGGAAGAGAUGGGUUUGGAUUAUUCAUAUGGUGGUCAUGAUUGGGGUGUUUUCAUUCUUCAUGAUGGAAGUGUCAAGCUCUUAACUCCAUUUACAGAUAAGUUGGAUCCACCACCUAUUUGGGUUGUUCCGACCUCAGAAGGUUUAAGUAACUUGCCUCUAUCCAGUUGA